AUGCCCUCCAGCGAAGCAGGUUUCCUAACCUCAGACGGCCCCGCGCGCACUCCCCGCGCUCGCAUCCCCCCGAGCUCAUCCAGCGUCCGUGCCGCCGCCGGCCCUGCCCUGCAAUCUGAGUCUGUAGCAGGCAUCAGCGACGGCGAGGCCGACGCCGAAGCCUUUGUUGACGACCAGGUGCCGUCGCGCACGCGCCCCGUCGACCCCGCCAACAUCCCCAAGGUCGAGGACAAGAUCGGGCUGUUAGUGCAGGAGAAUUUCGAGAAUUUUAUCGAGAACUUUACCGAGCCUACCACUGCGGCGUCGGCGAGUCAACAGCAGCAGGGGCAGGGUCCCACGUCGAGCGCCCAGCCCGCGGUGACGACGGAUAAAUACUAUGUUGCGCAGAUCAAGGGGAUGAGGGUUUAUCAGCUGUCGACAUUUUAUGUUGACUGGAAGCAUCUGGAGAGCUGGAAUAAUGGGCAUUUGGCGCAGGGAAUUAUGGAAAGUUACUACCGGUUUCUGCCGUUUCUGACUCAAGCUCUGCAUAACAUGAUUGCGAAGUACGAGCCGAAAUAUUUCAGGGAGCAUAGGCAGCCUGGUACGACCGUCUCCAGCCAAAUCGGAGGCUCCUCCGCGGCCAGCAAUGCGGGUAGCGCAAGCCAGGUCGAGAUCAACGCCAAAACAGCCCACCAACAAACCGACAAGCUCUUCUCCCUCGCCUUCUACAACUUACCUCUAGUCUCUCGCAUCCGUUCCCUCCGCGCCCGCAACAUCGGCCAGCUCCUCUCCAUAUCCGGCACCGUCACCCGCACAAGCGAAGUCCGUCCCGAACUCGCCUCCGCAACGUUUAUCUGCGAAGCCUGCUACGCAGUCGUGCCCGACGUGGAGCAAACGUUCCGGUAUACCGAGCCCACGCAGUGCCCGAACGCGACCUGUCUCAAUCGGACGGCCUGGAGAUUGGAUAUUCGACGGAGCACGUUUGUGGAUUGGCAGAAGGUCCGCGUGCAGGAAAAUGCGAGCGAGAUCCCGACAGGGAGCAUGCCGAGGACGAUAGAUGUGAUUCUUAGAGGUGAGAUGGUGGAUAGAGCGAAGGCGGGCGAGAAGUGCAUCUUUACGGGGGCGUUGAUCGUCGUGCCGGAUGUGAGUCAGCUUGGGCUGCCGGGCCUGAGGAGGGUUGCGGUCAGGGAUGAUCGGGGGGCGACAGGGGCGGCGGAGGCCGGGGGCGCUGGUGUCACUGGUUUGAAAGCGCUCGGUGUUCGGGACUUGACAUAUAGAUUGGCCUUCCUAGCGUGCAUGGUCACGCCGGAUGUGUCUACCCUGGGUGCGUCGGGCGAAGCGCAGAUCGUCGACGUCGUCGGCUCCCUGACCGCCGGCGCCGCCGUCGAGACCGCCGAAACGGUCAAGGAACUCCAAGAAGCCGUCCUCGCAUCAUAUACCAAAGAAGAAAUCGACGACCUCCGUGCGAUGGUCCACUCCGACCGGAUCUACUCGCGCCUAGUGCAAUCCAUCGCACCCAUGAUCUACGGCCACGAAAUCGUCAAAAAGGGCAUCCUCCUCCAGCUCCUGGGCGGCGUCACCAAGACCACUCCGGAGGGCAUGCAACUCCGUGGCGACAUCAACAUCUGCAUUGUGGGCGACCCUUCCACGUCCAAGUCGCAGUUCCUCAAAUACGUCUGUUCUUUUGCCCCACGCGCUGUCUACACCUCGGGCAAGGCCUCCUCAGCAGCCGGUCUCACAGCCGCCGUGGUAAAAGACGAGGAGACGGGCGAGUUCACGAUCGAAGCGGGCGCGCUGAUGCUCGCCGACAACGGGAUCUGCUGCAUCGACGAGUUUGACAAGAUGGAUGUCGCGGAUCAGGUGGCCAUCCACGAGGCGAUGGAGCAGCAGACGAUAUCGAUUGCGAAGGCGGGAAUUCAGGCAACGCUGAAUGCGCGGACGUCGAUUUUGGCGGCCGCGAAUCCGGUUGGGGGACGGUAUAAUCGGAAGACGACGUUGAGGGCGAAUAUCAAUAUGUCGGCGCCGAUUAUGUCACGCUUCGACCUGUUCUUUGUGAUUCUGGAUGAGUGUAAUGAGCAGGUGGAUCGUCAUCUGGCAGAGCACAUCGUCGCAAUCCACCAGCACAGGGAUAACGCCGUGCAACCUGAGUUCUCGACGGAACAACUGCAGCGGUACAUCCGCUUUGCGCGAACCUUCCGCCCCGAAUUCACCGACGAGGCUAAAGAAGUCCUCGUGCAGCGGUACAAGGACUUGCGCGCGGACGAUGCCCAAGGGGGUGCGGGGCGGAAUAGCUACCGGAUUACUGUGCGCCAGCUGGAGAGUAUGAUCCGCCUGAGCGAGGCGAUAGCCAAGGCCAACUGUGUCGAGGAUAUCACGCCAGAAUUUGUCAACGAGGCGUAUCAUUUGUUGAGGCAGAGUAUUAUCUCUGUCGAGCACGACGAUGUGGAAGUUGAAGACGAGGAGCCUGAAGACUCUCAAGACGCCCUCCGGCAGGCAGCUGCCGCCGCGGCCGGCGAGGCGCCUAUUACGGACGGGGAUGGCGACCAGGCGAUGGCGGAUGAGCCGCCUGCUCAGACCGAGGGUCAACAGCGGCAGAGCAAGAAGCAGACGAUUUCGUACGACAAGUACAUCAGCAUGGUGAACGUGCUGGUGCAGCGGGUGGCAGAGGACGAGGCCUCAGGGGCAGGAGAGGGUGUCGAGGCGGAUGCGCUAGUCGAGUGGUACCUUGAGCAGAAGGAGAGUGAGAUUCAAAGUGAGGAGGAGUACCAUGCAGAGAAAGCUCUGGCAAGGAAGGUUUUGAAGAAGAUGGUCAAGGACAAGGCUAACAGCAGCCAGGACAACAUUCUCAUGGAGAUCCGUGGUCAGGGAAUGACGGCCGACGACGAGGACAAUGCAGGCGAAGGCAGCUCGGCGCAGGCGCAGAAGGUGGUGUAUGUGCUGCAUCCCAACUGUGCCGUCGAGGAGUUUUAA